CUGAAAUAUGUAAUGGAUCUCUUGACAUGGUACCUGUGGGGUCAUCUUGAUUCCCAUCAUUGGGGUCAUCUUGAUUCCCAUCAAGAGGUCUAGUCGCGAGAGGUAGAGCUAGGAAGAUGUGGGAAGCUUUAAAUGCCCUUAUUGAGCAGAUCUGGGUUGAGCUUGGAUGAUUAUCAAGGCGUGGUUUCAAUCAUAUCAAGUGGUGAUGACAAAUCAACCAUUAGAAGACACCAUGUGGAUGAACCUCUCAUGGUCAAAGCAAUGCAACAACAAUUUCAAAGGCUGGACAUCAUGUUUGGUGAGGUUAGAGACAAAAUGAAGAAGCAAGAUGCAGCUAUAGCCAAUUUAUACCAAAUACAGAAUGGAAGUCCAAAUUGGCAUAGGAAUGACGCUAAUGAUGAUCUCAAUGACGAUUAUGAAGAUGCAUUCAACAAUGAUGCCCAAAACUCAAAUUUCAGCAUGGACAGAUUUAUGAGAGGUAGAGGAGAUAAAAAAGGUAGAUUCCUCCGUUUCAAGGCAAAAAAUGAUCCAAAUGUGUAUUUGGAGUGGGAAAAGGAGGUGGAAUUGGUGUUUGAUUGCCAUAACUAUUCUGAGGUGAUAAAGGUGAAACUAGCAGCGGUGGAAUUUACUCAUUAUGCUGUGGGCCUUACUCAAGGGUCCAAAAGCGUUGAGGAUUAUCACAAAGAGAUGGAAAUCGCAAUGGUUAGAGCGAAUGUCGAAGAGGACAGAGAAGCAACUAUGGCAUGGUUUCUGCAUGGCUUAAAUCAUGAUAUAGCUAAUGUGGUGGAGCUGCAGCAUUAUGUGGAAUUAGAAGAUAUGGUGCAUAUGGCGAUGAAAGUAGAACAGCAACUCAAGCAUGAAGGAGCCACCACCAGAACUGGGCAAAAUUCAGAUGCUAAUGAUGGUGUGGAAUAUGGCAUUGAUGGAGAACUACUCGUCACCAGUUGUACUAAUGUAGCUAGCACUGUUUUGGUUGAAAAGCUUAAUUUACCUAUGACGAAGCAUCCAAGGCCAUAUAAGCUGCAAUGGUUAAACAAUUGUGGAGAAAUCAAGGACUUCAAGGACAUGUUUCCAGAGGACAUUCUUAAUGGUUUACCACCAAUAAGAGGAAUUGAGCGUCAGAUUGACUUCAUUCCAGUUCCAAUGCUACUUAUGCCUAAGAAGGAUGGGGCUUGGCGUAUGUGCGUUGAUUGUCGUGCUGUCAACAAAAUCACUGUAAAGUAUCGUCACCCUAUUCCUAGAUUAGAUGACAUGUUAGAUGAACUGCAUGGGUAUGUUGUUUUAGCUGAUGGAAUUGCAGUAGACGAAGAAAAGAUUAAGGUUAUUAAAGAAUGGCUAACACCUAAGAAUAUUUCUGAGGUGUGGAGUUUUCAUGGUUUAGCAAGUUUCUACAGGAGAUUCAUCAAGGACUUCAGCACAAUUGCAAGUCCAUUGACUGAAAUCGUGAAAAGAAGUGUCGGAUUUAAGUGGGAAAGUGGACAGGAGAAUGCUUUCAAUUUGAUUAAGGAGAAUUUAAUUUCUGCACCAUUACUUGCUUGACCUGCUUUUACUAAAAAUUUUGAAAUUGA